AUGCUCGGGUUCAGAGCGACUCGCAUCCUACGCGCUCAACGCGGUAGCAUGACCGCUCCACGGCUGACGCCGAAUGUCCAGUACCCACCACCCCCGCCGAAGAAGAUGGAAGGUAGCGGCGAGGACUUCCGACCGCCUUGGGUGUAUGUUGGGACGAGGUUGAUCUCGUUGGCUGUUAUCCCAUCCAUCGCGGUGUACUCGAUUUUCUUCUAUGAUUUUGGGGAGCGCGAGCAUGUUUUCCAACCGGUACGGAGAUGGGCAGCAGAUAGUGUUAACUCAUUCUUCACGCUUUCGCCGGCGGAGGAGAAGCUAUUAAAGCAAGAGAGAGUUGAGAUGUAA